CGCUCCCGGGGCCCUGCCCGGGCUCUCGCCCCGCGCUCUGCUGGUCUGUGGACCGAGGUGACUCGCCCAGCCCGAGCGGACCUUCCCGCUCCCGCAUAAAUAACUCUCGGGUGGCCCGGCCCGCCGGAGAGGCCGCGCCGCAGACAGAGCCCGAAGCUCCCCCCGGGAGUCAGCAGGUCGGCGCCGUGAGCACUGCAGACAAGAUGGAGCAUUUAUCUGAAAAAGCAGCUGAACGGCUCCAUACUGAAAUCAUUAAUGAAAGGGACACACCUCGCACCCGUGACCUCAAGCUCUUAAGGGCCAAGCGCUUAGCUUACUAUGAAAGGUGUGGAAGGACAAAGAUUUACUCUUGUGGUACUGAUAAUAAACCAAUUUCAUCAGCUUCCAGAGGAACAGUUUUACAUUCUGCAGUGAGCACUAAAGAAGAAGAAAAUCAGACUUCCACAUUAAGUGGCUCUCAGCAACCUAAUGAUGCAACAAAUGGAAGGAAACUUUUAAUUCAGAGAUCAUCUGGAGUAACCCAUCAAGGAAAAGAACAAGAAACAAUUAUCACAAAUCCAGAAACACAUAGCAAAUAUAUGAGCCAGACCUGUAUUUCAGAAUUAGAUCAUAGACUACUUGAGGAUCUGACUGUUCCAGAGACACACAAACUCCAGCAUGUUAUGAGUUGGGCACAAUUGGUCCUUAGUAAAUCUCAGCAAGCUGCUCAUAUGCUGAAAUGUUCACAGUUAUCUCAAGGACUUAUUUUGCCUCAAGGCAAUGAAAGUGAAAUAGGACUAAAUAAGGAGAAGAAAGAAACCAGAAGCUCAUCUAGUUCUUUAUCACCAUUGACAGAUGAUUUUAAUCCCAAUGCACAUGCUAAUAUUUGCAAGAGUUCCAUCUUUUCUUCAAUCUCUGAAGUUAACUCAGGGCAUACAGAGAAGUGCAUUUCUCUUGAUCCUUUAAGAGAUAAAACAUUACCUCCUGAAAACAAAUAUUUCUAUAACAUUCAGAGUAAUAAUAAUAAUCAGAGAAAGACAAUUAGGAUCAAGAGAGAAAGAAGGGACCCUGAGAUCUCCCCAUGUAUUUUGGGCCAGCUUGCACUUGCUGAUGAAACCUGGAACAGCAAAGAAAAAUCAAAUGUUCAAAAUAUAGGUGAGAAAGAUAUGUGGUCAGAGAUGUGCAGUGUCCAGCCACAACCUCAAGUUGUGUGUAAAACUGACAAUUAUUCAAGUAAAACUGCAGAGGCUCCACGUGAAGAUCCUAGUACUUAUUUUUGGGCUCCCCUAGUUGAUAGUUCAGAUGAGGAAUGCACAGACAGAAUUGUGAAAACAAAGAGAUCAGAUAGGUCUGGUGCUGAGAUCAAGGAGCACAAAAAAUCUUCACACAGCAUAUUUUCGCUUAAAGAAAAAAAUAUAAAAUAUUUGAGUUCUGGUGUGCUGGGAGGUAGUAUUGCUUCCAUGAGGAAGAUGCACAGCAAUGGAAAAUGGUCCGUGGGAGAAAAGCUCAUAUUGGAGAACAAAGAAAACUGUAAACACAAGGAUUUCAACUUAGCCUUAAAGGCUCGUGGCUGCAGUGAAGGAAAGCUUAUUGCAGAUAGCAUCAAGGGGGAGGCUGAAAACAGAUGUAUCCCCUUCUCUAGUGAAUCUGAGGUUGAAAAUGAUGAAUUGGAAAAUCUGGUGGUAGAUUUUACACCUCUGAAGAGAGACACUGAUCAGAGUAAUGAAUCAAGAUUCAAGGAUAUGGAAGACUCAGAUUCCUCUGUUGAAGCGAGAAAAUGGAUUGGAGGAGAGCAAACAGACAGUAUCUUCAGUAGCACAAGUUUUGACAAUAGUAUGAGUAAAGGAAAUAACUACAAGAGAGCUCAGAAAGAAAUAGAGCUAAAAUGCUCUAAGAAAGAUCCAGCCAUGCAAAGUAGCAAUCCUUUGCUGAAUUCAUUAGUGAAUCCUCCGGAACACACUUUUAAAGUUUGCCCUGACUGUGAAAGUCUCAGUUAUCCAGAUAUGACUUGGUGCAGUGGCUGUGGUUGUGUUUUAUUAGGUGUAUUAACACAGUCUAGUAAAGACAAUAUGGAACAUAAAUCCAGAGUAUUCCUAGGAGAUGUGACUGACAAGCAGAAGGAUGUUUUCAGUGAAAUCAUCAAAUCUUCACAAGUUUCAGAAAGCAGCUCAGAGGAAUUCCCCAGACUAAGAGAAAGAAGUGAUUAUUGCCAAAUGAUAUGCUGGGAUGAUAAGCCACUGUUAUAUUCAGACUGUGAUAUUAGUGUUUUGGAUAAAUAUUAUUUUUAUUUGGAUCAGUUAAAUAAGGCUAGAUGUCUUCAUCCCAAAGGGAGAAACCAGCCAUUUUCUUUGCAAGAAUACCUUGGAUACUCUAAAGAGGAAAAGAUCGCCAGACAUCUUCAGAGUAAGGUGAUUGAGCAAGAGGAGACUGAAGAAACUCACAGUGAUUCUGGAGCUACUAAACUAAGCUCUGUUAAUAACAUAAAUCCUGAUGCCAUAGAGCAAGAGAACAGCCAUCUUGAAGAACAGGACACAUCUGAAACUUUUAUGAAACUUUUGGAUGAUCUUGAGUUGAAUAGUAAAACAGAGCAUAAAAAAAGCAAAGUUUCAAUAGAUAGGAAACUCUCAGAAACCAAAAGCAUUAGGACAAAACUGACUGGAUCUAAGAGGUAUUGGGAGAAAUCCAGCAUUGCGUGGUCCUCUUACACACAUGGAGAACUGAAGCCAAGAUCACAGUGUGUACAAAGACCAGUCUCAGCUGAUGUAGGCAAGAAGAUGGCCUAUAUAUCUCAAAAUAUUCAGCCUUCAAGUUGUGUCAAUUCUAGACAGAUAAAGGCACAUCCUCUCCCAAAACCUAUGACAUCUGCAAAAGCUCAGCAGAAAUCACCUAAUUAUCAAGCCACAUCAGUAGCUUUUGUGAAGACUGCUAAUGCUUGCACUGACUCCAAGCAACCUUGCAAAAGUACAUUUCAAGGUUUUGAGGAAACAGUAAAUUGGGAUAAUAAAUGUGAGAGUGACCUCUCAGUUUGGCUGCUUCUUCCUGAUGAACUGUGGCUAUGCAUCUUCUCAUUGUUUUCCCAUAAAGAGCUUUCUCAGGUUGCUCAAGUCUGCCACCGUUUCCACCAGCUUGCGAGGGAUGAGUCCUUUUGGAGGCAGAUUCAGAUUUUAGACUGCCAUUGCUUAAAUGAUGAGUGGCUGAUCCACCUGGGACUACACCAUCCCCAGUGUUUCACUCUUUACCAUUGCCAUGAUGAAACACAGAGCAUUACUCAUAAGGGGUUAAUGAAGUUCUUUCAGCACUGCAGAGACUCUCUUAAGGAAUUGAACAUAAUAAGCUGCAGUGGUCCAAGGUUGCGAGGGGACACAAUUCUUCUCCAUGCAAGCACCUUUUGCAGCCAGCUGACAUCUGUGGAUAUAAGCUGGACGGGGGCUACUGAUUUAGGGGUCAUUGCUCUAGCAGAAGCUUCUUUAAGCCUCCAGGGCCUUUCUGCUAAUGGAUGCCAGCUGACAGAUGAUGCUAUAAAUGCCUUGAUUGAAAAGCAUGGGAAAAGUCUCAGUAAACUAGAAAUAUUUGGCUGCCAUGCUCUUACUACCAAGUGCCUGGGUUUCAUGGCUAGAGAGUGUCCAAAUCUGGAGACGCUGAACAUUGGCAGAGUCCCCAAGGUUACUGAUGUCUGCUUGGCGAAGAUAGUCAAUUGUUUGAAAAAGCUAACUACCCUCAAUAUAACUGGGCUCAAUGUGGUAAGAGACCGUGUUGUCCACUUUAUUGUAACACAGUGUCCUAAACUGGAGUGUCUGGUUCUCAGCUCCUGCUCCCAAGUGACUGAUACAAGCCUAGUGGAAAUUAGCACCUACCUGCGAACAAUCAGGUAUCUUGAUGUUAGUGGCUGUAAAAGGGUGACUGAUGUAGGAAUUCAAGCUUUGGCAGGGAGCUGCCGCCAGCUUUAUUAUCUUGAUCUGAGCUCUACAGGAACAAGCAAGAGGGGGGUCUGCUUGUUGGCCAGCUUCUGCCAUAUCAGUUUGGAAUGUGUGAAGUUCAGUUUCUGCAAGGAUAUCACUCUGGAGGCAGUUAAAAAACUCUGCAAAAACAGUAAAAGGUUGAAGUUGCUUCAUCUCUAUGGCUGCCACAUCACUGAUCUGGAGUCCAUUAAAGAAAUCAAUAAAACAGUGCAAGUGUAUCAUGACCUCUGUUUCCCACCUGCUAACAUUUAGUUGAAUGGGGAACUCUGCCUAUUGCUAUGGACACCUUGGCUUGUAAAUAUGCGAAGGUGAUGCUAUAUCAGUUAGUCUUGUACAUAUUUUUAAUUGUAAUCUCAGCACGGGGUUGGGAACCAUGAAUUCCUGAACUGUAAGCUUGACACUGACUCCGUUUCUAGUUUUGCCCAAGUCACUUACCUUCCUCGCAGGGGUGUUGUGAAGAUAAUGCAUGUGAGACAUUUUUAAGAUGAGAAAUACAAUUCACAUGCUAACUAUUACUAAAUGUAUUACCUUUGCUAUUUGAUUGGAAAGAAUAAAAACGUGGGUCAAAAAUCAGCAGUGAUGUCAAUGGUGGUCAGCAGGAGUAAGCUCCAGUGUAAAAAAAAUGUUUGCAGUUGGCAAAGGAGUGUAACUUGCAGUGGCUGUGCACACUGAAUGAUAUACACCACUGUGUAUUCUGUGGGGAACAACUUUCAAAACUUGUGUAAGCAGCUUCAAAUCCCAUUGAAGUGACUAGAAAAAAGAAGGGAAAGGGAAGAAGGCCACCAAAAUGGGGAAAACAGCAUAGGCUGAAGUCCUCCCUCCACAACUAUUGUAUACUACAAAUCACAUACCUCCAUCGUAACUCUGCAUUCCUAAGGAUGCCAAUCUUUCAUCAUCUCCCUUACCAAACACACCUCUCCCAGCAGAUUAAACUUCCACUAUUAAUAGUAGCAAGAGGGGGUAGUGUGGUAAAGAGAUAUGUAUGUCGAAGAGAAUUGUGAGGAGGGGCAGAGUUAAGGUUGUGCUAUUUUUCUUCUGUGUGCUUGUGCAUGGAGGAUUACAGGGUAUGUACUACUGCUCAACUUUUAACUUUGUUUUUCUGGAGUUGUGAUGGCUAUGUUAUGUGAGCACAAACAUUUAGUUGUUUCACAACAAGAUUUUUUGUGCAUGUGCUACUGUUUCCUGUUGCACUCAUUAAUCUGCUUGCUGCUUUGCAAACAAAUGGCACAGCUCUGGCCCAAAGAGCUUAAACUGUCAAAAGACAAAACAAACAGGGAACAACAAACAGGUAAUGUGACCACAUACUGACUGGUCACAGGCUAACGAAGUUUUAAUGGCAGAAUAUAUAUUUACACACACAAACAACUACAUUAAAAGAACAUUAUCAAGAUUGCAAAGCUAAGUACUAAAAAAUUAGGAAAUGCCAGAAUUAAGGUUGCCUGUGCAAUUAAUAGUUAUCAAAGUUCCUGUUUGCUCUGGACCAUGCUGGGUCCAGGACCUGAAAGGAUAUCAGGGAGAUUCUCUCUCCUGUGCUGUAAAUGACCCUGCUGCUGUGGCCAGGCAGUGGGAGGAGAAAGCUGCCUGAUUGGAAGGUAAAGAGCACAAAAGUUGGUUCAGUGGUGGGGGCAAGGAACAAGGAGCCUGGAAUAGAGGCUGGCAGUGAGGUGGAGAGGGAAACUGGGACUGGAUGCUGGGGUAGUGGGGGAGGCAAUCUGGGAGACUGGAACUGGCUAGGCAAAGAGACAGGGUCUAGGAACUGGGGGAAGACUGGGACUGGCAACCUUAAUUAGGAUGCCCUUGUACAUGCCACUGAGAAGAGAAUUUAGCCCCAGGAACUCUGUUUAAAUAAGUCUCUUCUCCUCUUUCCCCUUCCUGUUAGGCAAUGUAAUAUGACAACAGAUAAUAUCACAACUGUAGCCAAAAUUAGUGGGAUCCUCAUUUCUCCUUAUAAUGUAAAUGAUUAACUUAUUUGAUAUGUAGUGGAAAAACACACAAUUUAACACUUCAGAGUGAUAUUGUUUUAUACUGAGUUUGAAGUGUGUGCAACAUAGCACCAGUGAAACUGAUUUUAUGUCAUGUACACUUCAGGUCCUAUUCAAACAGAAUAUUUUAGGUUGUGAUAUUAUGUUAGGUAUUCUGUAUUCACACACAGGCUCACACAGCAUGAUUUCAUACCCUGCUACUGUCCUAUUCAACCAUAAAUUUUCUGGUGCUGAAACUGGUUUUGAAGUGUGGUUUGAGUUAUAAUUUGUAGUUGGGUGAAAGUAAGCUGGUAUGAGCUGGUACGGCGUACUGGUAAAAAGUGUCUGCCAGUACUGGCCUGUACGCAGCUGACGUUAAAGUGCUGCUACAGCAACGGACCCUGCUUAAAGCGCUUCCAUGGCAGCGCUUUAAUGUUGUUGCCCUUUUUGUGCCCCUUGGGCCACUGAUGGGGGCGGAAGGGGCAA